ACCCAGAGACAUCAGCCAGGUACCAAAGCUCAACUACAUGGAUUCUCAGAGGGAGGACUUGAGCCUCCCUGGCGAGCUAAAGGUGGCGCUUAAACUCCCUGGAAAUCUAGCUGUGACUGAAUAAGAAUGAAGAGGCAAGUCAAUGAGGACGGAGGGGUGGAAGUGUGGGUCUCACUGUACUUUGGAUUCCUGGGGCUGUGUUCCGUGGUAACUGGCGGCUGCAUUCUCUUUCUGCACUGGAGGAAGAACCUGCGGCGGGAAGAGCGAGCCCAGCAGUGGGUGGAGGUGAUGAAAGUUGCCACAUUCACCUAUAGCCCACUGUUGUACUGGAUUAAUAAGCGACGGCACUAUGGCAUGAAUGCAGCCAUCAACACAGGCCCUCCCCCGGCUGUCACCAAGUCUGAGACUGAGGUCCAGAAUCCAGAUCCUCGGUGGGAGUUGGACAUCCCCGAAGGCAGGAGCUAUGCUGUCCAAGACGGCAGCCCCAAAGCAGAGGCGCCGGUUCCCUUGCAACCUGCACGGCAGCUGCCCCUACAGGAGUCCCUACCUUCCCCGAUGCUGAUGCCACAGCCGCAGGCCAGCUCCCCGCUCCCGAUUCCCAUCUUUCAGGAGGCGCCCCUUCCCCUAUCCCUCUGCAACCUGCCACCCAUGCUGAACCACUCUGUCUCCUACCCUCUGGCCACCUCUUCUGAAAGGAAUGUCAACUUCCAUUCCCUCCCCACACUGGCCCACGGAGACCACCGCUUCAAUGCCAAGCCUUUUGCCUCAGAAUUGUAACUUCCUCUCCCUACGGGAGCUGCAGCUAUCAGGUGCGGAGUAAGAAAUGGAGCUAAACUCUGGGAGGUGUUAUUGACACAGAGGUCAGGGCCCAUCUUGAUGUCACAUUAUGAAAGAUUAAAAGAAGUCCAAGGUU